ACAGAAUUGUCCAAUAGAAACUCUUGGUUUUUGUUGCAUGACGCUUCCUUUGGAAAAUGUUUCGCUACUGUUUGCUACCGUGUUUUGAAAACAGUAGACUGCAGACAGAAAAACAAGACAGAGAGACACCUCAGCAAGUUACAUUGAACUGAACUCUCCCUCCAUCCAGACAGAAACAGAGAGACACCACGUCAAGUUAUUUUGAACUCUCCAUCCUCCACCUGAACCAUGUCUGGAAAUAAGAAAGGAUGCUCCACCACCUCCCAGAAGCACCGUAACUUUGUCUCUGAGCCGAUGGGAAACCGGUCUGUGAGGGACGUACCCGGGAUCGGACCUGUACAGGGCCGCAGGCUAGAGGAGCAGGGCAUUAACAGAGCUGACCAGAUGUUGGGCCAGUACCUGGUGAGUGGUCGGGACCAGGGCCGGUUCCAGGGCUAUCUGAAAAAUACCACCGGGGCCAACGCCAAGCAACAAAGUGACGCCUACAAUGGAAUGAGAGACUGGACCGACAACAAUAUGUAGAGGAGAGCAUUCACUCACUAUCUCUGCUCCUUUCUGCUUUUCUUCUCCCUAACUAAGACUCUUCAGACCUGCCUAGGUCAACUUUCAUCUAAAGCACAUCAGCUGAUGGACGUAAUGUAUUGAUAAGUAAUAUUGAGUAAUAAUAAAGUUGAUAGUUGUUUAUAAGACACUGUACUUCCUUCUGUUCUUCUUGUCAUGUUCUUCAACUGAGACCCUGGACCCUGUCCCCAGGUUAAAGUGAUUGUUUUGGAUGCAUUCUGUUUUGGAAUAAAUCUGGAAUUCACUUUU